CGUUCAUCUUUCAACGAUUAUCAUUAUGGUUUCCCUGAUAGGAAGCAAAGCCUUACUGGCCUUCACCAACUUCCUCCUCUUGGCUUGCGGAUGCGUUUUAAUCACAGGCGGCUCAGUGAUCCUACUGGAUCCAGGAAGAGUGCUUCUCUCGAGAUUGUUAUCUCAAGGUCCUCUCACCACCCUCCCCCAUCCGCUACUCUAUUACCUCGCUGUAGGCUUCGCAUUGGCCGGAUUGAUCCUGGCGUGCGCCGGAGUCCUCGGAUGUUGGGCCUCGUGCCUCUACAGCUUCUGCACGCUGACUAUUUAUUUCCUUUUGGUCCUGUUGGUGCUGGUGGCCGAAAGCGCUCUGUACGGGAUCGCCUGGAUCUGGCCGCAGUGUCUGGGUUUGGGCAUCGUCCCCGAGGAGCUGGUCAGAGUCCUUCAGGCCAACUACGGCGUGGCCGGACAAGAGCAGUUCACGGCCGCCAUCGAUCUUGCACAGACACUGUUCAGCUGUUGCGGCAUCACGAGUGGCGGCGAGUACGACACUUCCAGUUGGCGUUUGGAGUCGUUGGGUCCACGGCUGAAAGUCCCUCUCACUUGCUGCAAAUUGGACAACCUUCAUCAUCCCUCCGCCUAUUUGGAUCCGAGACCCAUCAACACGAGCCUCUGUCAAGCGGUUGAAGUGGAGCAGCAGCAAGGUUUCAGACACUCUGAUGGUUGUUCGUUGCAUUUAGAAGAUUGGUUCAAGCAGCAGUACAUCAUCUUUCUGAUCAUCGGUUUGGUGAUGGUUCUGAUCGAGUUCGUGGUUCUCCUGAGCACGAUACUCGCUUGCACCAGACUCUACAAGCAUAGGCACAACAUGAAGAAUCGUCAGCAGAGUAUGGAAAUGGUGGAAGAGGAAGCGCCGAAAAGGAACGUCGGCGACAGCAUCUACUUGAGCACGCGAAGUCGCGAACCUUUCAGCUACAGCAAUCACGCCUACACCAUGACGAACAGCUUCCGCCGCAACUAUCACCUCUCCGAGAAGGCAUGAUGGUUGCUGUUGCGGGGUCUGUGCGCCCCCAAAAGGACGUACGAGGUGGAAUCAAUGCUCUGGUAGUCGUGAUGCGUGCGGUGUGGCGGCACAGGUGCAACAUCUACGCAUGAAUAGCCACUUCACAAAAAACGAACCGUUACGUGUAAUUUUACCUCCCCAUCUCUAAAUACUACAUUUUUGUUGUCCACUGACUGCAUUAAAGAAAAA